AUGCAGGCACAUACUGCUACUGUCCUCAUGGACCAUGAAGAGGAUGAAUUUCGUGCUACAUAUUCCAAUGAUGGUAAAGAAUCUGUUGAUUGUAUACACCUAGAUUCUGAUUCUGAAAGUCUUGAUCUCUUGGAUCAUAAUGAGCAAAUUGAAGAGCUCACAAGAAAAUUUGGUGACGUUCCAACACUUGGCAUGAGUUUUAAUAAUGAACAAGAGGCAUAUCAAUAUUACAAUUCAUAUGCUAGAGAUGUUGGAUUUAGUGUGAGAAAACUUAGGAUUGUUGAAGAAUUUGAAUCAAGUUGGGAAGCUUUACUUGAUGAUUAUGGAUUGAGAGGAAAUAGUUGGCUAGAAGGAAUAUACGCAUUGCGUGAGAAAUGGGCACAAGUUUAUGGGCGAGACCACUUUUGUGCAGGUAUGACAACAACACAAAGAAGUGAAAGCAUAAACGCAUUUUUGAAAAAGUUUUUUUCUCGAAACCUUCUUCUUCGAGAAUUUGUUGUACAAUAUGACAAAGCUGUAGCGGACCGAAGAGAAAAGGAAAGGCAAGCAGAAACUGCAACUAAACAAAAAUGGCGCAAUUUAUCCUCUAAUUGGAACGUGGAGAUUGAAGCAACAACGAAGUAUACAAGUAAGUUGUUCUAUUGUUUCCAAGAUGAGUGUAAGAAACUUUUAGGUUUGAGGCUGAAAUUACAAAGUGAUGAUGGGCUAACACGUAGAUAUAUGGUUAUGAAUUCGGGAAUGAGAGGAAUGAGCAGAUCACUUACAUAUGACCUUUCUGAUCAAACGGUCAAUUGCAGCUGUAAAAAGUUUGAAUUUGAGGGGAUUCUUUGUGCACAUUCACUAAAAUUAUACCAUGAAUUAGAGUUCUCAACUCUACCAUCUAAGUAUUAUUUAAAGAGAUGGAGCAAGGAAGCUACAUGUGAUGUUGACUUUGAUUCGAAUGGGGAAGCACCUUUGAGUACUCUAGAGUCAUCUUCCAUGGUUCAGUAUAGCGAGUUAUCUCAUAUAGUACAAAGAAUCAUAGCAAAGGGUGCAAGGAACAACCAAACAUGCACUUUUUUAAAGUCUGAAUUGUUACUGUUAGAGGCAAAAUUAGAAAAACAUCCAUAUUUUGGAGACGAACACAAUGAAAUUCUUGAUAAGCAUGUCAGUGAAGAUGAGGAUAAUCUUAAAUUGCGAGAUCCAAAGAUUCAAAAGUCGAAAGGUAGAGGAAAAGGUAGAAUUAAGAGUUCUUUGGAAUCAAAGCCAUCUAUAAAGAAAGGUUCAUCUAAAAGAAAAGGUUAG